CCACUCUCCAAGAGUCGUACGUGCAUUCCGUGGCGGCAGUACGCGCUUUACAUCCAAGAUGGCCGUGCUUAAGCCAACGCGCCCGAGAAUUCGAACAAAUGACACCUUAGGUCACUAACUGCAGCUUAUCAUUCAACAUAACUGUCGCCGACUCGAAAUGAAGCACUGUCCGAUAAGUGGUACAACUUUUACGUGAUUUGGUAUCCGGAAAAAUUGUGUGUGUUGCCCGGAAAUUGACUGCCUAGUGUGUGAGUGAUUGAAUGCCAGAGCUUUGAAGGUUACAACGUGCAAAUUUAAAGUUCUUUGCAUACUUUCGCAAUGGUACAACUAACUCUCUGUUAUUAGUAGUCUCUCGAAUUAAUGACUGCGUUAAGUUUCAAUAUUGGUUCAAAGUGCUGAUAUAGAAAUAAAUAAUAUGAUUUUUGAAGCAAGAAGAGGUAGAAGAGAAUGUCGCAUAGAGAUUUCACGGAGGCAGAACCAGAAGGAACAUCUGAAUUACCUGCAGCAAACCGAGCACUUUUCUUGGAAAAGGUUCGGCAAUCAAACGCAGCAUGCCAAAGCGGGGAUUUCGCGACAGCUGUGGUCCUUUAUACGGAUGCCCUACAGCUGGACCCCACAAACCACAUCCUGUACUCCAAUAGAUCGGCUGCCAGGUUGAAGCAGGGCCUCUUCUCCCAGGCGCUGCAAGAUGCCCUAGCCGCGAGGGAGCUUUGCCCUACGUGGCCCAAGGCAUACUACAGGCAAGGUGUGGCACUGCAAUGCCUAGGAAGGCACGGCGAGGCCUUAGCUGGCUUCAGCCAAGGUUUGGCCCAAGACCCUUCGAAUCAACAACUGUUAUCAGCUUUGGUAGAAGCUUCAAUCAAAUCGCCACUCAGACAUACGCUAGAACCCACAUUCAGCCAGCUGGAACUCAUGAAACUUGAUCAAAGCCCUUUUGUCCUUAUUUCUGUUGUCGGUCAGGAGCUAUUAGCGGCAGGGCUUUACCAUUCCGCUGUAACAGUGCUGGAGUCAGCCUUAAGAAUAGGAUCCUGUUCGUUGAAAUUGAGAGGCUCUGUGUUCAGCGCGCUCAGUUCUGCACAUUGGGCACUGAAUCAGUUGGACAAAGCUAUAGGGUAUAUGCAACAAGAUCUUGCAAUAGCAAAAAGUUUAGGGGAUACACCUGGUGAAUGUAGAGCUCAUGGUAAUCUAGGUUCAGCUUAUUUCAGCCAAGGAUCUUAUAAAGAAGCUCUUACGGCACAUAGGUAUCAACUCGUUCUGGCUAUGAAAUGCAAGGACACACAAGCAGCUGCAAUAGCCCUUACUUCCUUAGGCCAUGUCUACACUGCUAUCGGAGACUAUCCCAAUGCCUUGGCCUCCCAUAAGCAAUGUGUUCAACUGGUGAAACAGAUGGGGGACAGACUUCAAGAGGCGAGAGAAAUUGGUAACGUAGGGGCAGUCUACUUGGCAAUGGGCGAUUUUGAUUCUGCCGUUGAUUGUCAUACACAACAUUUACGAAUUGCCAAGCGGUUGGGCAACCAGGUUGAAGAAGCAAGAGCGUACAGCAAUUUAGGGUCUAGUUAUCAUUAUAAACGAAACUUUGCUCAAGCUAUUGUUUACCACGAGAAGGUGCUGAGGAUAGCUCAGGCAAUUGGAGACAAGUCUGUGGAAGCUCGCGCUUACGCAGGUCUCGGACAUGCAUCUAGAUGUGCAGGUGACUACAUGCAAGCAAAACAGUGGCAUGAAAGGCAGUUAGACGUAGCUUUAGCUACCAGGGAUAAAGUUGGAGAAGGAAGAGCUUGUUCUAACUUAGGAAUUGUUUAUCAGCUAUUGGGUGAAUACGAUGCAGCUCUAAAGUUACACCAAGCUCAUCUCCAAAUAGCUCGUAGCUUGCAAGACAAAGCAGGAAUGGGCCGGGCGUAUGGUAACAUCGGAAAUGCGUAUUCUGCAGCAGGUUUUUACGAAUCUGCGAUCAAAUAUCAUAAACAGGAGUUGACCAUCAGCAAAGAGGUGCACGAUCGAAGCUCAGAGGCCAGCACCCACGGGAACCUAGCUGUAGCUUAUCAGGCCUUAGGGGCCCACGAUAUGGCACUGUUGCAUUAUAGGGCACAUCUUGGCAUCGCAAGGGAAUUGAAAGAUACUGCGGGUGAAGCAUGUGCUCUACUGAAUCUAGCAAACUGUCUGAGUUCUAGAUCAGAAUUUGCAGAUGCCAUUCCUUAUUAUGAGCAAUAUUUGAUGUUGUCUCAAGAGCUAUCGGACAUAGAAGGAGAAGCCAAAGCUUGCCAUUUUUUAGGUUACGCUCAUUAUUGUAUAGGAAACUACAGGGAGGCAGUAAGGUAUUACGACCAAGACUUAGCAUUAGCCAAAGAUUUACAAGACAAGAUGAACAUGGGUAGAGCUUAUUGUAACUUAGGACUAGCUCAUUUAGCAUUAGGACAGCUAGAAACUUCCCUAGAGUGCCAAAAGUAUUUCCUAGCCAUUGCUCAUAUGACAAACAACUCAGCAGGAAAAUUCCGAGCGCUGGGUAACAUUGGAGACGUGUUAAUGAAAAUGGAAGAAAAAGAAGAGGCUAUAAAAAUGUACCAUCGACAACUAGCAGUAGCAAGGAGUAAUAGAGACAGAUGCAUGGAAGCAACUGCUUGUGGAGCGCUUGGUGUAGCCUACCGGUCGAUGAAGAGACUUGAUAAGGCUUUAGGCUACCAUACCCAAGAACUGAACCUCAGAAGGGAGAUUUCUGAUCUGAGUGGAGAGUGCAAAGCUCUUGGACAUCUAGCAGCUGUCCAUAUGGCUUUAGGGAACUAUACUCACGCAGUGAAGUGCUAUCAAGAGCAAUUAGAAAGAGCUCAGGAGCUACAAGACUGUGCUGUUGAGGCCCAAGCCUACGGAAACUUGGGUAUUGCAAGACUGAACAUGGGUCAUUACGAAGACGCAAUAGGGUUUUUCGAACAACAACUUGCAACUUUGGAAAGACUGAGUACACAAACUGCUCAGCUGGAUAGAGGAAGAGCUUUUGGGAACCUAGGUGACUGCUAUGAUGCUUUGGGAGACCCCGAGGAAGCUGUCAAGUGCCAUGAACAAUAUUUGACAAUUUCACUGAAAUUGAAAAGCGUCAGGGAUCAGGAAAGAGCCUACAGGGGAUUAGGUCAGUCACAAAGAUCACUUGGAAACCUGCAACAAGCUUUAGUUUGCUUAGAGAAGAGACUCGUAGUUUCUCAUGAACUGGGAAUACCUGAAGCUAAGGCAGCAGCUUAUGGGGAACUUGGUCAAUUGCAUGCCAACUUGGGAAACCUCGAACAAGCAGUUUCUUGUAUGGAGCAUCAGAAAGGCAUUGCUAGAGAUCUUAAUGACAGAGUGAUGGAGUCCGAUGCAGUUUGCGGCUUGGGUAUGGUGUAUCAUCAAAUGGCGGAAUUUUCGACCGCAUUACGCUAUCACCAAAAUGACUUGGAAAUCGCGGAACAACUAGGGAUGCCCCAAUUGCAAAGUAGAGCUUGCGGAAACUUAGGAACCGUAUACGAAGCACUUGGUAAUUUGGAUCAAGCUAUUCGGUACCAAGAGCAACAUUUAUCAAUAGCUGCAGGUACCAAUGAUCAGCUAGCUAAAACAGUAGCUUACAGUGCAUUGGGGAGAUUGCAUCAGCUUUUAGGAAAUAGGAUCCAGGCUAUAGCCUAUUUAACCCAGGGACUAUGCAUUGCAGAGGCUUUAGGUAGAAGAGAUGAAGAGGCCAAAAUUAGGAACAGACUGGGCUUAGCGCUGUGGGCUAAUGGGGACUUGGAAGGUGCUCAAAACCAGUUAGAAGUUGCAACUCACCUCCUGGAAAGCAUUAGAAGAGAAACAAGAAAUCCCCAAGAUUACAAGUUAUCUAUGUUUGAACUACAAUCAUCUAGCUACCAAAUUUUGCAAAGGGUCCUUGUGUGUUUGAAUAGGCCAGAAGAAGCACUCUUGGUAGCAGAACGCGGCAGAAACCGCGCGUUCAUAGAUCUCCUUCUUGAACGACAAAAACUGAAAAACAGAUUAGAAGACUUGGGUUUGAACUCCCUAGACAGUUUGAAAGAGAUUGUGAACAGACAAAGGGCAACGAUGUUGUACUACAGUAUUGCAGCUGGCUACCUUUAUGCAUGGUUGAUUAUGCCAACUAAGGGGAUUGUGAAGUUUCAUCAAGUCCCACUGACUGAUCCACCAUCAGAAAAUGAGGAAUGUUCACCCGAUUCAGCUGAAUCAUUUCCUUCUGGUUCUGGUUUGUUGGAAAAGUUGGUGGCUGCAGUUCGAGAUAAUGUGGGAGCCGAGACGCCAUCUUGCGCCACAAUCGCUGAAGACGUAAGUCGCUUUUCAGAAUCAAAAUAUUUAUUAAUACAAACUACACAAUAUGCUGGUGGUGAAGAUGGUCUAGCAGAUCGGCCGGGCUUUCUGAGGAUGGUCAACAGACACAACCUCAUAAAUUCAAGUAACUACUCACUGAGCUCGCUGUUCUCUUUAGGUAGCGUUGGAGGAUCAGUUGCUUCGUUACAAGGAAGUACCAGAUCGAGUGCCAGCACAAGAAGCUCAGCUAAAGUAGGGAGAAGGCAAGCUUGGAAAGGACCCAGCUGCUUACAUGCGUUGUACACACUUCUCAUACAACCCUUUGAAGAGCAUCUCACUGCAAAAACAUCAACCUUCAAGGACAACUUAGGUCGAAGAGAACUGAUAUUGGUGCUUGAAGGAGACCUGUAUCUUGUACCAUUUCCAGUUCUCAGAUCAUCAAAUGAAAACUCAGACUAUCUAUGUGAGAGAUUUUCUCUCUACGUCAUACCAAAUUUAUCAACACUCAAAUCCGGACGUCUAAGAAAACAAGGGCAUGAUCAAACUGUAAGGAGUUUCGUGGUUGGUAAUCCCAAGCUUCCAAGCGCCGUAACAGAACAUUGGGGUUGGAAGGACAUACCUCAAGCUGAACAAGAAGCAACCAUGGUCGCUGAGUUGUUGCAGACUCAGGUUCUGGUCGGAAGUAUGGCAACCAAAGAGCAAGUCAUGAGCCAGAUUCAAGACGCGGAAUGUGUUCAUUUUGCAACUCACGUUUCCUGGAAGCUGUCCUCCUUAGUUUUGAGCCCCGCAGAGGUAUUAGACCAGUCCCAAUCGAAACGACUCUACAUAAGCGACAUCUCCGAGGAAGACGAAAGCAGUAAUGAAGUAUCAACCUCAGCAGAACUACCACCGAUGUCGGAAUUCCUUUUGAGCGCGGCAGAUAUACUGUCUUUGCGACUGUCUGCAAAGCUGGUGGUCAUAAGCUCGUCCCACACUCGAGACCAGCAGGGAUGGGCGACAGCGGAUGGUCUAGUGGGCUUGGUCAGAGCCCUUCUAGCUGCUGGAGCCCAAGCAGUUUUGAUAUCACUUUGGCCUGUUCCGGAUACUGCUACGAAGAUACUGCUCAGAGCUUUUUAUUCGGCUCUAUUGCAAGGAACCAGAGCUGCCAGAGCCCUGGCUGAAGCAAUGCAAACAGUUCAACAUACCAAACAUUUUGCUCAUCCAGCAAACUGGGCAGGAUUCGUAUUGAUUGGGGCAAACGUUCGGCUUUCCAAUAAAGUUGCUCUGAUGGGACAAGCAUUGUGCGAGCUCCUCCAUGCUCCAGAUAAGUGCAGAGAUGCUCUGAGGGUCACGUUGCAUCUUGUUGAGAAAAGCUUGCAAAGAAUACAUCGCGGGCAGAAGAAUGCUAUGUAUACCACGCAGAAAUCCAUUGAGAAUAAGGUGGGUACGGUAACUGGUUGGAAAGAGCUGCUGAUGUCUGUAGGGUUCAGAUUCGAGCCUGCAUCUAAUGGUAUACCAAGUAGUGUAUUCUUCCCCCAAUCUGAUCCAGAUGAGAGACUUACUCAAUGUUCUGCUAGUCUACAAGCUUUAUUAGGAUUGACAAGUACUUCAAUACAUGCCCUUUCAAAACUGACUUCCAACUCUGAAGUAGCUGAUGACAUAAUUGCUGUGAUACAAUCUGCGUUGUCACAAUUUUCUUCUAAGAACCUGGAUAGUGACAGCGUUGAUGUAGCUUUGAAUGUUAGAUUGUGGCGAGUACCAGGCUGUCACGAAUUACUAGCGUCACUGGGAUUCGAUCUAAUAGACGUUGGACAAGAUAAAGUGACGUUGCGCACAGGGAAACAAGCAAACAGAAGAAAUAUCCAGUUUACUUUACAAGCAUUACUGGCGCUAUUUGAUACCCAAGAGGCUCCAAAAAGCCUCACCAUCGAUUCCUCCAGCAGUUUAGAGUCACUGGCAUCCAUUGAUAACGAUUACUCCCACUCGGAUAACGAACUGAGUGUUUGUUCUGCUUCCAAGUCUACACCAAAGUUGUCGCUACCAGCUUCAGCACCUCCCCCGCCAUUUUCUAGAGCCAGCUUACCCGGCAAACGCCUUGGGGGCGCUUUUACAUCGUACGUGCGACGUAGGGGCGAACCUGAUGGUCGCACUGCCAACCCCUCUGAUGCUAAGCCACCCCCUGCCACAUUGGAUAGCAAACCAAGGAAGAAUGCUACGCUAGCCAGACCUGGAGGAGGGGAGUCUGAUGCUGCUUUCACACCUAGUCCGCCGGUAGUGCUACAACCUGAAAAUCAAGCGAUAACAUUAUCCCUGGCCCAUCAAACAAGAAUAAGGAAUUUGUAUUCACAAAACGAUGGUAAAGUAGGCGACAACAUGAGGCCAGAUAGCUCCAGCUCAGCUAGCUCUGCCACAGAUUGGGAUAACGGGCAUGCUACCGUGCUAAGAAGACAAACACAAAAUCAGUUGCCGCCUCUACCUCCACCAAGAACGAAGCCCUUGGUAGACCUGCCACUCUACAACAAUCUACCCGCAGGAAUGUUCGAGAAUAGUUCGGACAGCGAACUCGAAAAGAUGGAAGCGAAAUUGUUCAACUCAACAGUUAGGAGCAAAGUAUCUUACAAGAAACCAAGGAAUCCUAUCAGUACUUUGGAGAGGUUGACCUUGAGAUCCGAUAUAACUCCUCCUUCACAAAACUUGAUUUCCAUGCCAAAUCAAAACAAAAAACCAGUUACGUUGCCUAGCGAAGAGACACUGCCUGCCAAUGAAAGAUUGCUGUACUUUUCUCCGAACGAUAUGGAAAAUGCGUCGAACUUAGCCUCCAUUGCGUCUACAUCUAACAAGGAUGAUCCGAAACAGGACUCUGCCAAAUCUGAGGCCAAACCCAAUGGUAAAGCAGGAGCACUACACGACACGAUAUUGGCAACUCAGCUAAGACACAUCAACAGAGAACUGACCCCAACGAUUUCUGAGGUAUACCACGAAAGAAACAUCGGGCUUGGUCUUGCACCACCGUUGUCGAAGCUUCUGCUCAAUCAGUCUGUUCAAUCAGUGCCAAAGACUGACAACUCGGUGCUGGACAAAAUAACACUUGGGAUCCUGAGUGAUGAAGACAUAAGCAACGAAAUAAAGCCUAUGCAGUGCCAGAGAUGUAAGUCUGAAACAUGUAGCUGUAAGAAUAAGUCAAGUAAGCCAUGGUUGUCGGAGAAUGCAAGUGCCCUUCAGCAAAUUCAUAGCUCAGAGUUGACCACUGCCGAUAUUCUUGAGAGGGAGGUGAAGAAUAAGAAAGUAUUAAGGACAGAUCAAAGACAAAGGGAGGACUCUGAGACAAAAGGAUCUUCUCCUUUCUCCGAAAUGUCAAGAAGAGACGAGGGGGAUGGACGGAGUAUAGCUGAUUCAAACUACUCCAGUUACAAGAACCAAUUUCUCACAUAUCAUCCUACAGCAGAUAAGAAUAAAGCUAGUAAACUUAUUUCGAAGAUCAGGACCAUCCCGCACAGGAAGAACUUGCAAUCCUAAAUGUGAUUUCGAUUACGGAUUUCAAAAAUCACAUUAUAUUGAGGAAUAUUAUGCAUAUCAUGUUAACAUUCUCAAAAUGAUCCAUUUUCGAGUAAAUGCUUAUUUUGAAAGCUCACAGGCUUCUUCAUCACUUGUCGUUGUCGAAAGAGCAUUUUUUACCUGAAAUUUUGCCAUCGUGUACAACUGUUAAUGUGGAUUAAAGUCUGCGUGUUCCUAAAGCCCUAAGUUUUGAGCUUUGACCUCAUGGAGACUUUUGAGCAGCAGUAACAGAAGAACGCGAUGACCGGAAAAUUUUAUCAAAAACGAUUUUUCCAUAAGAAGUGCUCAAAUUGCUUGACACGAUUAAUUUAUUGCACUCCUAAAUAUAAUAUUCCAUUAUUAUGUAGAUUUUUAGAAAGCAUUUUAAGCUUAAUGUUAUUUAGAUGAAAAACAGUAAUGAUGUGUAAACUUUGAAAAGCUUUAACUUGUGUGUAAUGUAUUUUAGCAUUUUGCAAUUCAUUUCCAUUGUGUUUGUAAAUUUUAUUUAUUUAUAAAUUUUUUUUUAUUUAUGUAUUGUGAUCCAGUAGUACGAUUUUUUAAUAAAAC